CCGGUUGCCGGGCGGAGCCGGGCGGGGGAGCCGCGGGGCGAGAUCAUGCCGGAGUGUGAGAGGCUUCCGGGGCUGCGGAAGCCGUUAGGGCUGAGAUGAAAGAAGCGGGGCCGAUGCAAGGUCUGGAGACGGCGAGGGCCGGGCGGUCAGUCAGCACCCAGACCGGCAGUAUGACCGGUCAAAUACCAAGGCUUUCUAAAGUCAACCUCUUCACUUUGCUCAGUCUCUGGAUGGAGCGCUUCCCAGUCCGAGAAACCCCAAGUCAGAAAUCUCAGGUGAAGAGAACUGGUCUUGUGGUGGUGAAAAACAUGAAAAUUGUUGGUCUCCAUUGUUCUAGUGAAGAUCUGCAUGCUGGGCAAAUUGCUCUUGUUAAACAUGGGUCAAGGCUGAAAAAUUGUGAUCUUUAUUUUUCCAGAAAACCAUGUUCUGCUUGUUUGAAAAUGAUUGUAAAUGCUGGAGUUAACCGGAUUUCCUAUUGGCCCGCUGAUCCAGAAAUAAGUUUGCUUACGGAGGCUUCUAGCUCUGAGGAUGCAAAGUUAGAUGCCAAAGCAGCGGAAAGAUUGAAGUCCAACAGCCGAGCUCACGUGUGUGUCUUGCUUCAACCCUUGGUGUGUUGCAUGGUGCAGUUUGUAGAGGAGACCUCUUACAAGUGUGACUUUAUUCAGAAAAUUACAAAAGCGUUGCCGGAUGCUAAUAUUGACUUUUAUUCUGAAUGUAAACAAGAAAGAAUAAAGGAAUAUGAAAUGUCAUUUCUGGUUCCAAAUGAAGAAAUGCAUAAGCAAAUACUGAUGACUACAGGCUUGGAGAACCUGUGUGAAAACCCGUACUUUAGCAAUCUAAGGCAAAACAUGAAAGACCUUGUCCUCCUGUUGGCCACGGUAGCUUCCAGUGUGCCCAACUUUAAACACUUCGGAUUUUAUUGUAGCAGUCCAGGACAGAUUAAUGACAUUCACAAUCAAAGUUUGCCGCAAGACAUUGCAAGGCACUGCAUGGUUCAGGCCAGGUUACUGGCAUAUCGAACUGAGGAUCAUAAAACAGGAGUUGGAGCAGUCAUUUGGGCAGAAGGGAAAUCUAGAAAUUGCGAUGGCACGGGAGCGCUGUACUUCAUAGGCUGUGGUUAUAACGCUUUUCCUGUUGGAUCCGAGUAUGCAGACUUUCCGCACAUGGAUGACAAACAGAAAGACAGAGAAAUAAGGAAAUUCAGAUACAUUAUACAUGCCGAACAGAAUGCCUUGACUUUUAGGUGUCAAGAAAUAAAGCCAGAAGAAAGAAGCAUGAUUUUUGUGACCAAGUGUCCAUGUGAUGAGUGUGUACCUUUAAUUAAAGGUGCAGGCAUAAAGCAAAUCUAUGCAGGGGAUGUAGAUGUUGGAAAAAAGAAGGCAGAUAUCUCUUACAUGAGGUUUGGAGAACUUGAGGGUGUUAGCAAAUUUACAUGGCAACUGACGCCAUCAGGAGUUUAUGAUCUUAAACAAAAUGAGCCUGAAAGGAGAGAGAAUGGCCUGUUGGGACCCGUGGCGCUGGAGAACGAAAGACACCCAAACAAGAAACUGUGUCUGGGAAACCGCUGAGAUAUCCGUCCGUCCGUCUGUCCUGUCUAACCCGAAGCACAAAGGCCUCCCGAAUUUGUAUUGCACUUCUAACAGGCAUCCUCGUGAACGCCGAAAAUAAGGACGAAGGUUGUUAACAAUGGAAAGGAUUUUUAAAGGGAGAGCAGUUAGUACUGGCAAAUUAACAAUGUAAAUGAGGCUGUUUUCAUGUUAGAUUGAUUUGUGUAUUUCCAGAAUAUAAUAGUGUGAUUUUAAUACACUAAACGAAGUGGCAAAAAUGGAAUGAGAGUGAUUUAACCACAAAUAGGGGUGACUGCUUUUUAGUAAUCUUUGAAACAGGCUGGUUCACCGGAGGUCACAUUUCCCCAGGGAAUAGUACACCUUUCUGAGAAAUACUGAUUUGGAUUAAACGUUAGCGAAUUGCUCCAUAGAAAUAAAUGACAGCCAUGCCAUCUUUUAAGAGCCAGUGUAAGGCAAAUCCAAAAUGUCAAAUUUGCAUACCCAAAGUAUUCUAUUACUUUUUUAUUCAGAAUUGACUUAGUUUGGAUUGCCUCUCUGAAAUAAAGUUGGGGCUCCUGUUCUCGAUUUUGAAAGUUUA